CUAUAAAUAUUUCUCUGUUAAAAGGUUACUCCUUGCUAUCCUUGUAAAAUACUAAGACUGUCCGUCCUCCCUUCUAUUUUCCUUUAUAAAUUCUCACUUUUCUCUCUCUUUCUGUCUCUGCAGUCUCGUCACCAGGCAGAAUUAGGAGCUACUAGCUGCAGCAGCCUGCUGCAGAAAGACAUUUAUCCUCUCCAGUUUGCUAUUUAACGGUUUUUGUCCUCCUCUUCUCCAUUUUGCCGUUUCCCUCUUCUUAAUUUACCAAUCAAUGCCACUCACUUUCCACUACUAGCCCUUUUCAGCAAAAUCACCACUCCCCUGUCUUGAUUGCUAUAUUUCAGUCGAAAAUAUAUAUCUAAGAAAUCAUGAUUAGCUGGAAUGAUCUCUACAACGUUUUGUCCGCUGUGAUUCCUCUAUAUGUUGCCAUGAUCUUGGCUUAUGGGUCUGUUCGGUGGUGGAAAAUUUUCAGCCCGGACCAGUGUUCCGGUAUCAACCGUUUCGUGGCGAUAUUCGCAGUGCCACUACUGUCAUUCCAUUUUAUCUCCACCAAUGAUCCCUAUGCUAUGAACUUCAGGUUCAUUGCGGCCGACACGCUUCAAAAAAUAAUAAUGCUGAUCGCUCUGGGAAUUUGGACUAAUUUCACAAAAAAUGGAAGCUUGGAAUGGAUGAUUACCAUCUUUUCUGUCUCGACUCUUCCGAACACUCUUGUCAUGGGCAUUCCUCUUUUAACCGCCAUGUACGGCAAGUACUCGGGAAGCCUAAUGGUUCAAAUUGUGGUGUUGCAGUGUAUCAUUUGGUACACUCUCCUCUUGUUUCUUUUCGAGUAUAGAGGUGCCAAGAUGUUGAUCAUGGAGCAAUUUCCUGAAACUGCAGCCUCCAUUAUUUCGUUUAAGGUUGAUUCUGACGUGGUCUCUUUAGAUGGCCGGGAUUUUCUGGAAACUGAUGCUGAAAUCGGUGAUGAUGGCAAGUUACAUGUGACUGUCAGGAAAUCUAAUGCCUCCAGGCGGUCUCUUGGGCCGGGUUCUUUCUCUGGAAUGACUCCUCGGCCAUCAAAUCUUACUGGAGCUGAGAUUUAUAGCCUGAGUUCUUCAAGGAAUCCUACUCCGAGAGGGUCUAAUUUCAACCCUUCAGAUUUCUACUCCAUGAUGGGAGUUCAGGGAUUCCCUGGAAGGCAUUCAAAUCUCGGCCCGGCUGAUUUGUACUCGGUACAAUCUUCAAGAGGGCCAACUCCAAGGCCGUCUAAUUUCGAAGAAAAUUGUGCUCCAACGGCUACUUUAUCCUCUCCUAGAUUCGGGUUUUAUCCAGCACAGACAGUACCCACGUCUUAUCCGGCACCAAAUCCUGAAUUUGCCUCUACUGUCACUACUAAAACAGCAAAAAAUCAGCAGCAGCAAAAUAGCAAGGCAAACCAUGAUGCCAAGGAGCUGCACAUGUUCGUGUGGAGCUCGAGUGCAUCACCAGUUUCUGAAGGAGGUGGGCUCCACGUAUUCGGUGGGGCUGAUUUUGGUGCAUCAGAGCAAUCUGGACGGUCUGAUCAGGGCGCCAAGGAGAUCAGGAUGUUGGUUGCUGACCAUCCGCAAAAUGGGGAAACCAAAACUAUUCCACAACAAGAUGGAGAUUUUGCUGGCGAGGACUUCAGUUUUGCGGGCAGAGGAGAAGGAGAUGACGACCAAAGGGAAAAAGAGGGGCCCACUGGACUUAACAAACUAGGGUCCAGCUCAACAGCCGAGUUGCAACCAAAAGCAGCCGAAGCUCCAGAUUCCGGUGGCAGUAGGAAGAUGCCUCCGGCAAGCGUUAUGACCCGUUUGAUAUUGAUCAUGGUUUGGCGCAAACUUAUUCGAAACCCCAACACAUACUCCAGUCUCAUUGGUCUCACUUGGUCUCUAGUCGCUUUCCGGUGGCAUGUGGAAAUGCCUAAAAUAAUAAAACAGUCAAUCUCCAUACUGUCUGAUGCUGGACUAGGAAUGGCUAUGUUCAGCUUAGGUCUUUUUAUGGCUUUACAACCGAAGCUAAUUGCUUGUGGGAAUUCGGUUGCCACAUUCGCCAUGGCUGUUCGAUUCUUGACUGGCCCUGCGGUGAUGGCCGCUGCUUCAAUUGCUGUCGGCCUGCGUGGUACCCUCCUUCACGUUGCUAUUGUUCAGGCUGCACUGCCACAAGGAAUUGUUCCAUUUGUGUUUGCCAAGGAGUACAAUGUCCAUCCAGCCAUUCUUAGCACCGCGGUUAUCUUUGGAAUGCUGAUAGCAUUACCAAUUACUCUUGUUUACUACAUUUUCCUUGGAUUAUGAUCGAUUCUGCUUAGCAGUAGCCAGAAGGGGAGCAAAAUGAAGAGAAUUUUGAUUACUUGCUGAUCGUGUGUCACAUUUGGCAGUAGCAUUGAUUACUGCGCCAAAAUAUAUGUUCUUAUAACAAGAGGAUCGUUACCAGGCAGAGAAGAUUGUAGUGUGAAGAAUUUGCCAAAGUUUCCAAGAUUCUUGGAGCUGAAAAUAUUUUUAACUUAGUGGAAGCCCUGAUUUAAGGAUCAUGCAAUCAUUAGGAGCCAAAGUUCGUUCAUUUCCCUAAGGUUUGGUCAGAUGAACAAAGAAAAGGGGGGGCCGGAGACAUCAAAGAGGAAAAUAAGGGAUACAGAUAUGGCAACCACUGAUAUUUUAAUUCUCUUCAUUUCCGCUAUGGAUCGAGGUCUGUAAGUACAAAAAGACAAUGAACAGUGAAUUAACCUGUGAAGAUAUGAGGAAGAGGAGAAAAGGGUUUUCCUUUACUAUUUUUUUACUAUUUAGUGUUCCUUUUUUUCUUCUUUGUGUUUGCUUUGAUUGUCCGUAUAUAUCCAGCAAUUAUUUGCGUUUGUCGCCUUUCAUUUGGGUUUGUAAUUUAUCUAGGAUUAUCAACUAUGAUCAAAAGGAAGCAUUGAUCAUUCACCUUGUUAAUAUACUAAGUUGAUGAUGUAUUCUCUCA